UGCCCGGCCUGGCGACUCGCUGGCGUCAUCGGGGCCGCAGCCGGACGAGGAGGCGGAAGAUGGCGUCCGCGGCCGGGCGGCUGUAAAGAGCGCGGCGGCGGCGGCGAGGGCUGCCGAUGGCGGCCGGGAGGCGCCCUCGGACACCCGCCGGCCGUUAGGGCGCGACGCUGGGCGGCAUGUCGGAACACGCGGCGGCCGGAGCUCCGGGGCCCGGGCCCAACGGCGGCGGCGGCCCGGCCCCCGCGCGCGGGCCUCGCACCCCUAACCUCAACCCCAACCCCCUCAUCAACGUGCGCGACCGGCUCUUCCACGCGCUCUUCUUCAAGAUGGCUGUCACCUACUCGCGGCUCUUCCCGCCCGCCUUCCGCCGUCUCUUCGAGUUCUUCGUGUUGCUCAAGGCCCUGUUUGUGCUCUUCGUCCUGGCCUAUAUCCACAUCGUCUUCUCCCGCUCACCCAUCAACUGCCUGGAGCACGUGCGUGACAAGUGGCCUCGCGAGGGCAUCCUGCGCGUGGAGGUGCGGCACAACUCCAGCCGCGCACCGGUCUUCCUGCAGUUCUGUGACGGCGGCCGCGGGAGCUUCCCGGGCCUGGCCGUGGAGCCAGGCAGCAGCCUGGAGUUGGAAGAUGAGGAGGAGGAGGAGCUGAGCAUGGACAUGUUUGGAAACAGCUCCAUCAAGUUUGAGCUGGACAUCGAGCCCAAGGUGUUCAAGUCGCCAGGUAGCACAGAGGCCCUGAAUGACAGCCAGGGGUUCCCCUUCCCCGAGACGCCCGGCAAAGUGUGGCCGCAGGAUGAGUACAUUGUGGAGUACUCACUGGAGUACGGGUUUCUCCGCCUGUCGCAGGCCACGCGCCAGCGCCUGAGCAUCCCGGUCAUGGUGGUCACCCUGGACCCCACGCGGGACCAGUGCUUCGGAGACCGCUUCAGCCGCCUGCUGCUGGAUGAGUUCCUGGGCUACGAUGACAUUCUCAUGUCCAGCGUGAAGGGCCUGGCGGAGAACGAGGAGAACAAGGGCUUCCUGCGGAACGUGGUGUCGGGCGAGCACUACCGCUUCGUGAGCAUGUGGAUGGCGCGCACGUCCUACCUGGCCGCCUUCGUCAUCAUGGUCAUCUUCACGCUGAGCGUGUCCAUGCUGCUGCGCUACUCGCACCACCAGAUCUUCGUCUUCAUCGUGGACCUGCUGCAGAUGCUGGAGAUGAACAUGGCCAUCGCCUUCCCCGCAGCGCCCCUGCUGACCGUCAUCCUGGCCCUCGUCGGGAUGGAGGCCAUCAUGUCGGAGUUCUUCAACGACACCACCACCGCCUUCUACAUCAUCCUCAUCGUGUGGCUCGCUGACCAGUACGACGCCAUCUGCUGCCACACCAGCACCAGCAAGCGGCACUGGCUGCGGUUUUUCUAUCUCUACCACUUCGCCUUCUAUGCCUAUCACUACCGCUUCAACGGGCAGUACAGCAGCCUGGCCCUGGUCACCUCCUGGCUCUUCAUUCAGCAUUCCAUGAUCUACUUCUUCCACCACUACGAGCUGCCCGCCAUCCUGCAGCAGCUUCGCAUCCAGGAGAUGCUGCUGCAGGCGCCGCCGCUGGGCCCCGGGACCCCCACGGCGCUGCCCGACGACAUGAACAACAAUGCGGGCGCCCCGGCCGCCGCCCCCGACUCCCCCAGCCAGCCCGCUGCCCUGGGCCCCAUCUCGCCCGGGGCCAGCGGGAGUCCAGGGCCUGUGGCCGCGGCGCCCGGCUCCCUGGUGGCUGCAGCUGCCGGCGGUGACCUGGGCUGGAUGACAGAGACCGCUGCUAUCAUCACAGACGCCUCCUUCCUGUCCGGCCUCAGGGCCUCCCUCCUGGAGCGGCGUCCAGCCAGCCCGCUGGGCCCUCCUGGGGGCAUCCCCCGCACCCCACAGGACAGUGUCCCCCCGAGUGACUCCGCAGCUCCCGACACAACGCCCCUGGCAGCUGCGGUGAGCGGGUCUAGCCCGGCCUCCACGGCCCCAGUGGAGGCGCCCUCGGAGGCUGGAUCCUGAGCCGCACAGCUGAGCUGCCUCUGACCCCGGCUGUCCCGGCCGGCUGGGCCUGACCUGCUGGAGCCUGUAGGGGUAGGGGAGGCCGUCCCGGGUGGGGGCGCCCGGCCACCUCCUUCCUCUGGUACUGCCCAGCCUGUCUCGGUGGCUUUCAGGGUUUCAUGGGGUUGCCCAGAAGGCAGGCUUCCCUCCCCCCGGUGUGAGGUCGCGCCCCGGGCUGGGCUCGUACCCGUUAGCGAGGAGAGGGGUGGGGUUCCGUGGAAGGUUCUGGAGGGCGCUUGGGGGAAGGUCUGCAGUGAACGUCCUGCGGUGGAGUGGGGUCCCCGUGGUGCAGGCCUGUGAGCACGCGGAAGUGUGGAGUGGCGGCCGGGGCGGGUCCUGGGACCCUGGAACCCUAGCGCUGUCCCUGCCGGCCUCAGCCCGGCUCUGCCUGGUGCUCCGUGCAGUGCCUUGUCCAUGGCCCGGCCCUCCCCGCGUGCGCACCAGGCCUGGGGGCCCCGGGAGAGCAGAGCUUGUGCCUCAGGCAUAGAUAGGGACGCGGGGUGCAGACGCCAACACCAGUGGCAGCAGCCGGGCCGUGGUCCGGCUCUGCCCCGGGGCGGAGUCACUCGGGGAGGAAUGCGGAGGAGAGCUCAUUCCAUUCUAUUUAAUUGCGGUGUACAAAAUUGGGUUUGUAUAUAGAAUAAACUGUCUGUCGACAGCG